AUGGUGUCCCUCACGAUCGCGAACACCUUUGGGGCGAUUGAACUCGGGUCGUUCGGUGCCGCGUUCCUUUUCGGCAUCAUCACCCUCCAAUGUUACUUCUAUUACUCGCAAAACCCGGAGGAUUCGAGGCAGCUGAAGGCUAUGGUGGCGCUCGUAUGGCUUCUUGAGUGCGCGCACACGGGGCUCAUGAUAUGGGAGGUCUAUCGUCUUACGAUAGUGAUGUACGGUCGAGCAAAGGAUGUCCACACAUACCCCGGUUUCUCGCUGGUUCUCAUGAUCGGAGGGUUCAUCACGACGAUCGUUCAGUGCUUCUUCGCCUACCGGGUCUGGAAGUUCCUCCCAAAGCCGUACUCUUUCAUCGGUCUGGCUUCUGGUCUUGCAGCCUGUUCGCGAGUGGUCUUGAGUACAUAUGGGGCCGCUGAGGCGGUCAUGAUGACGUCGUAUGCGGAGUUCCUGGUUAAAUACCAGAACUACUUGUCCAUCGUGUUGGCGCUGGGAGUUGCGAUCGACAUCGUCAACGCCGCCUCGAUGUCGUAUUUCCUCAUCAUCCAGCGCGAGAAGGCGUUCUCAAAGACGACGAACCUCAUCGAUCGCCUCGUCGCAUAUACCAUACGAACUGGUGUUAUAACCUGCGUCUCUGCUAUUACCGUCCUGGUCCUAUUCCAAUCUCUAUCCCCCACGCUCAUUUCCUUCGGUUUCUACGUCGGUCUCGCGAAGCUAUACACGAAUUCGCUCCUUUCUGCUCUCAAUGCGAGACGAAGCCUCAAAGAGAACUACUCCAUGUCAAUCUCCGUCUCUCAUCCUAGACUUGCCGGUACGGAAACUUCGACGAGCCGCAUCGGACCUGAGUACACGCAGUCGAACCAGGCCAUCUCGAUAGAGAUGAAGACUACGAAGCUCGUCUCCGAAGACCCCGCGGAGGAGAAGGCGUACGACCUAGAAUCGAAGAGGCAGCCGCGACGCGAUCAGCUUGUCUAA